AUGAGGGCGUUGAGGUGCUUCCCCAUGAACGCAACCGACGAGCAGAAGUUGGAUUGUCUCCUCAUGCACCUCACUGACUCCGCCUACAUGUGGGCGGAGAGCAAGGAGUUCAAGACGGUGGCAGGCUUUGAUCAGGCGUUCAAGGAGCGGUUCGAGGAGGAGGAGGAGGAGGAGGAGGAGGAGGAGGAGGAGGAGGAGGAGGAGGAGGAGGAGGAGGAGGAGGAGGAUUCAAGUGUUACCAUUGUGGGAAGGAGGGACAUAUGGGAAGAGUGUCCUCAAAAGGGGAGGCCAGCUAUGAAUGUGAUGCAGCAGAUCUUGGAGAAAUCCAAUCCCACCAUGACCAUAGCGGAGUUCUUGAGUGGGGAGGAAGGAGGAGUGACUCUUAAGAUGAGUGCGUUACCUGGUGACGCCUGCCUGUGUGGUACCAGCACGGGCAAGGAGGGCAUUGCUGCUGCAGCAGCACGCUUUUCCCACCAUACCCACACACGCUCCUCUCUGCACACCCGCACACGCUUCUCCUAUCAUCCGCUCACCUCACGUGGCGUUGACAUGUGGCGAGUCCCAGCCAUGGGGCACAAUCCCUCUAGUAGUACCCCCACACCCUCUCCCUUCUUCCCCUCCCAGUCCCCUCCCCCCUCUGUCCACCCCCCACUCUUCCUACCACCACACCUCGCGUGGCGAUGA